AAUAAGCCACAUUCUGUAUCAUUAAUCCAUUGCCAAACAAUCACGUAUAGCUGACUGAAUAAGCUGCGAGUCCCAUGAAGCUCAUUAAGCUGCUAACAAACAGGCCCCUAUGUAUCCUCUCAAGUUAUAGAUUCCUCUCGAUUUAUAAACUUGCAUUUACAACAUUUCAGGGUCACAAGAAAUGGAUUACUGGUAUUUCCUGGGAACCAGCACAUCUCAAAGCUCCAUGCCGUCGUUUUGUAUCCUCUAGCAAAGAUGGUGAUGCACGAAUAUGGGACGUUACAUUGAGGAAAACUGUUAUCAUUCUUAGUGGCCACACUCUUGCAGUAACUUGUGUGAAGUGGGGUGGAGAUGGUGUCAUCUACACAGGAUCUCAGGACUGUACAAUCAAAGUAUGGGAAACCACUCAGGGAAAGUUGAUUCGUGAAUUGAAGGGUCACGGACAUUGGGUGAAUUCUUUGGCAUUAAGUACCGAGUAUGUUCUUCGCACUGGAGCUUUUGAUCAUACGCGUAAACAAUACUCAUCUCCAGAAGAGAUGAAGGAGGCAGCUUUAGAAAGAUACAACAAGAUGAAGGGUAAUGCUCCCGAGAGGUUGGUUUCAGGUAGUGAUGAUUUCACCAUGUUCCUCUGGGAACCUUCUGUCAGCAAACACCCCAAAACUCGAAUGACGGGUCAUCAACAGCUGGUAAACCAUGUUUACUUUUCGCCUGAUGGACAAUGGAUCGCAAGUGCUUCGUUUGACAAGUCUGUCAAGUUAUGGAAUGGAAUUACUGGAAAGUUUGUUGCUGCCUUUCGGGGUCAUGUUGGGCCGGUUUAUCAGAUAAGCUGGUCUGCUGACAGUAGGCUUCUCUUGAGUGGUAGCAAGGACUCCACGCUGAAGGUUUGGGAUGUGCGGACACAAAAAUUGAAACAAGACCUUCCGGGCCAUGCAGAUGAGGUUUUCGCGGUCGAUUGGAGCCCGGAUGGUGAGAAAGUAGCAUCGGGUGGUCGGGAUAGAGUUCUGAAGCUAUGGAUGAGCUAAAAAAGGGUCAUAAAGUGAAGAAAGCUGCUUUAUGUAUAUGAAGGUGUACAUGAACCUUUGCGUAACGUUUUUGUUGGGAAAGUUUCGUACGAGAAAUCAAGAUGAGCGUUUCCAUGAUCAUUUGGUCUGAAAGCGGAAGUGGCAUGGCUAGUGGAUUGAUCGAAGGAUACUUUUUAUAAACGGUCAAGAAACUGAUAUAUCGAAGUCUCUAAAACGCGAA